UAGGUUGCCAUGUUCUUGCCUUAUCUCUGUCUUCAGCUGGCGGGUGGGGAGAGACAGCUCUAAGUGAGCUGGACAGCAAACUAUAGGACACAGAAGUUGUUCGACUUCAGUGCAGGUCAACAGCACUAUCUUUUGGUACCAUGGCCUCGCUUCUCCAGUGCUGCCCCUUCUUCACCCGGGACCCAGCCAUCUUCCUACACAAACUUCGACCCUUGUUGGUCAGAAGUGCUCAGCGUUGUCCUGUGAUGGUGGCCCGCAGUUUCUCCCAUUCUGUUGCUGACCUGCAGCAUGGCAAGGAGACUUCCGGUGAUACAGCCUCCAUUCUGCAGACGGCGCCCACCUCAAUCCCCACCACCCAGUGCCCUUUUAUAGAGUCAGAGCGCCAAAGCGGCCGGAGUCCCUUUGUGCAAGUGGCAAAACCUGAGGUCCAGGAGGAUGUCUGGCCUUCCAAGACAGGGGUGCUGAGCUCUCUGUUCAGAGAGGUGCAAUCUAGCCUCAAGAAAAAGUUGCUGAACUCUGACGAAGCAUCACACCUCAUCCGGGACAAUAUGCCAGGGAGUGCUGUGUUUGAUUAUGAUGCCUUCUUUGAGGCCAAGAUACAUGCAAAGAAACAAGAUCACACCUACCGGGUCUUCAAGACAGUUAAUCGCCGAGCUGAUGCCUAUCCAUUUGCUGAGGACUACUCGUGCUCCCAGGUUGAAUCGCGAGAGGUGUCUGUCUGGUGCAGCAAUGACUACCUUGGAAUGAGUCGCCACCCUCGAGUGUCCCAGGCCAUCCAAGAGACACUGCAGCUGUAUGGAGCUGGAGCUGGAGGCACCAGGAACAUCUCAGGUACCAGCAAGUUCCAUGUGGACCUGGAACAAGAACUGGCCAGCUUGCACACCAAAGAUGCUGCCCUGCUCUUCUCAUCUUGCUUCGUGGCCAAUGAUUCCACCCUCUUCACCUUGGCCCGCUUGAUGCCAGGCUGUGAGAUCUAUUCAGAUGCUGGGAAUCACGCCUCUAUGAUCCAGGGGAUCCGAAACAGUGGGGUUCCUAAAUAUGUCUUCCGCCACAAUGACCCUCAGCACCUGGAGGAGCUCCUGAGCAAGGCCAAACCUGACACCCCAAAGAUUGUUGCCUUCGAGACAGUGCACUCCAUGGAUGGUGCCAUCUGCCCACUGGAGGAAAUGUGUGACGUGGCACACCGCUAUGGAGCCAUCACUUUUGUGGAUGAAGUCCAUGCUGUUGGGCUGUAUGGGAUGCAUGGUGCUGGCAUUGGAGAACGCGAUGGAGUAAUGGGCAAAAUAGACAUCAUCUCUGGUACUCUAGGAAAGGCUUUUGGCUGUGUGGGUGGGUAUAUCGCCAGCACUGCCUCCCUUAUUGAUACAGUGCGCUCCUAUGCUGCUGGAUUCAUCUUCACCACCUCCCUGCCUCCCAUGGUGCUGGCUGGAGCCUUGGAAUCGGUCCGGAUUCUGAAGAGUCCUGAGGGACAGUCACUGCGCCGUGCCCACCAGCGCAAUGUGAAACACAUGCGCCAGCUGCUGAUGGAUGCUGGGCUGCCUGUGGUCAGCUGCCCCAGCCACAUAAUUCCCAUAAGGGUUGGAGAUGCUGCCCUGAACACCCGCCUUUGUGACUUGCUUCUGUCUGAAUACAACAUUUACGUCCAGGCCAUCAAUUACCCUACUGUGCCUCGAGGAGAGGAGCUCCUGCGGCUGGCGCCCUCUCCCCACCACACACCACCCAUGAUGGACUACUUUGUCGAGAAGCUCCUGGCAGCCUGGAGGGAGGUUGAUCUACCCUUGCAGUCGCCAGCAUCUCCUGAGUGCAAUUUCUGUCGCCGCCCGCUGCAUUUUGCCCUCAUGAGCGAGUGGGAGCGGGAUUACUUUGGCAACAUGGGACCCCGCUACAUCACACUUUCUGCCUGAGAGGAAUGUUGCUUAGAACCUGGCCAGAAAAGACCUGCUCAACACUGAUGCUGCAAACAAGAAAGUGGGAAGAGAGGAAUCAGUACUCAAUAAAGUUCUGCACCUGUGCCUGUA